AUGGACACCCUGCACCUGAGCUGCCCUGCAACCCGCAGCGUGGCAACAGGCCAAAUCGAAGAAGCAGAUCUUGCCCCAGUUCACCCCAGCAGCCUGAGUUUGCAGAGCCCUCCUUCAGACAGCAUCGAUGAGCUCUGCAAGGCUAUUCCAGACAUGCCCCUGGAGUCGGUUACAAGUUGGACAGAAGUAUGCCCUGAAGAAACGUCGCGCAUCGACGCCGGUUGUUCGCUUCCCGAAGCUCGGGCCUUUUGUCACAUGUGCCUCGUCCAGGCCGACCGAGCCAGAGCAGAUCUUGCAGAGCUGACGGGCCAAACAACUGAAGAGGAAGCAGAAACGCCGGCCGAUUUGGUGGCCCGCAUUUCUUCCGCCGAGGAGGCACGGUCCUUCGCUUUGAUGUGCCUUCAGGCCAUUGAGGACUAUAACUUGCAGAGUGGGGCGGUCCGGCUGUCAAAGCCAGAAUCAGCAUCGUUGCAUCAGCCAGCACCUGAAAAUGCGGAAAGUGCUGGACAAGUCCCUAUGGCGCCAUGA